GAUGGCAUUUGCAGAUAGAAUACUAUAAAUGUACUCUCAAGCGUGUCAAAAACCUAUCGGACAGAGAAGCGCAAAGCCGCAGCUGAAUCCAGAGAGAAGACUGCCUUCCUUAACCAUGAAGAUAACCACUAUCUCUGUGAUCUUUUCCCUUCUGAGCUGUUGUUUCUUUCUGGGUUCAGGGACUUCAGCACAUAAGCUUGAUUGCAAAAAGUAUAAACCUGAGCAGCAGCAGCAACAGCAGCAACAACAAGCUCCAAAAGGUUGUACCCGGCAAUAUGACCCAGUCUGUGGAACCGAUGGGAAGACUUAUGGCAAUGAAUGUUUGCUGUGUGCUGAAAUCCUAGGAGGAGCCAAAAUAGACUUGGCCUACAAAGGAGAAUGCGUUGACUGCAGUAAGUUUCCAGAACCACCAAAGGGCAAAGGGGCACCCUGUCCUCUACUAUAUGCACCUGUAUGCGGCACUGAUGGCAACACUUAUGACAACACAUGCCUCUUGUGUGCAAAAAUUCGGUCAUCUGGAAAACUGAUUGGCAUUAAAAAAAGAGGACCCUGCAAAUAAAAGGCAAAUUUGCAGGAGACCAGAGGCUAAGCACAAUGGAUCAUCCUGAAAGAAGAAAGCAUUCUUUAUAAAAAUGUGGGCCCAAAUUUUGAAUCUUCAAAUUCCUUGGUUCCAAAUAUGUGAUCUUGCCUCAAUAAAAUGAAUUAAAACUUA